AUUGCCACCAAACCAAGAGAAGGUGAGAGGCAAGGCAAGAUGGUGAAACCACGACUGAUCAUCCUCAUACGCCACGCUCAGAGUGAGGGCAACAAAAACCGAGAGAUUCAUCAGAUGAUCCCGGAUCACCGCGUCAAACUUACGGAAGAAGGCCACAAACAAGCAGAAGAAGCCGGUCGACGACUUCGUGCACUACUGAGACCCGACGACACGCUCCAGAUCUUCACAUCUCCAUACCGACGAACGCGAGAAACGACAGAGGGCAUAUUAAAGACACUGACAGCUCGCGAUGAUCCAGACGACCCGUCCGCUUCUCCAUCUCCUUUCAGCAGGAACAAAAUUACGGUGUACGAAGAGCCACGUUUGAGAGAGCAGGACUUUGGCAACUUCCAGCCAUGCUCCGCAGAAAUGGAGAGGAUGUGGCAGGAGAGAGCUGACUACGGGCAUUUCUUCUAUCGCAUUCCGGACGGAGAGAGUGCUGCAGAUGCAUACGACAGGAUCUCAGGCUUCAAUGAAAGUCUUUGGCGGCAAUUUGGAGACGAGGACUUUCCGAGCGUCUGCGUGCUGGUCACGCACGGCUUAAUGUCAAGGGUCUUUCUCAUGAAAUGGUAUCAUUGGUCUGUGGAGUAUUUUGAGGACCUUCGCAACGUGAAUCACUGCGAGUUCAUAUUGAUGAACAAGGACGAGCGAGGCAAAUACGUGUUGGACAACAAGCUGCGAACGUGGAGUGAACUGAAGAGGCAGAAGCGAGAGCAA